CUAGGCCAUGUCACUUUAUCUCCACCAAAAAUAAAACAAAAAUCUCCAACUCAAUGAGUGAAGCAGCAAAGCGAAACGGAGAUGACCGGAAUUCCCGGCCGGCGGCCUCUUCAUCCGCGACCGGCAAGAAAGUAAUCAUCAAAAGCGCGGAUAUGAAGGACGAUUUGCAAACUGAAGCAAUCAACAUUGCUAUCGGUGCAUUUGAGAAGCACAGCGUGGAGAAAGAUGUAGCAGAGUACAUUAAGAAGGAGUUCGAUAAGAAGCACGGUCCUACGUGGCACUGCAUCGUCGGCAAAAACUUUGGUUCAUUUGUGACUCAUGAGACCAACCACUUUAUUUACUUUUAUUUGGACACGAAAGCCGUAUUGCUGUUCAAAUCUGGUUGAGCUGUGCUAGUGUUGCAACAUGAUGAUUGAUACUGUGCUAUGUUUUACCUCUGUAUGUAUUGAUUAAUAACUACUAGAGCACAAAAUAUUAGGGACACUCUCCUUGUGCUAAGCUGUAUAUUAAUUUUGACCUAUAUGGUGUUUCAAUUUCAUCUGGAAUUUUCACCUAGUUUUUCCAAUACAGCUUCUUGACGUUA